UGGCUGUACAUUCAUUUACUAAACUAUGGAUACUGAGACACUGAAGAGGCUGGCUCCCAAGCUAGGUAUCACAUCAAGCAAGAUAAUAGGGAAAGCAGAGGAACUGUUGCGCUUGUCCCAGCUGAAAUGUGCUGGACUCUGUGGUCAGACCACAGCAACCAGUAAUGCUGUCAUGUGUCUCCAACUGGCAGCAACUUUGUUAAACCACCCAAUUGACAAGGAUUAUUUAGUUAGAUUGUCUGGAUUAAACAAGAAGGUCUACCAGAGCUGCCUGAAUUCGUUUGAAUCCUUGCUUGGGGUGACCUCCAAGAUGGGCAUUCGGGACCUUGCAGUUCAACAUGGUUGCAUGGAAGCUGUGAACACUGCAUCUGAAAUUUUAAACCGAUAUGAGUCCAGCCUUUCUCAAGCACAACAAGAAGACUUGGAUUUAUCCAAGCCUUUGUUUAUUUCAGCAGCUCUGUAUUCAGCAUGCAGGUGUCUUAAAUUAAAAGCUGAAAAGAACAAGCUAUUAGCUGCAUCUGGAGUCAAGAAAGGAAUUUUUGACCGCUUGUCUAUUCAGCUAGAAAAGAUUGGCUUGCAGCUCUGCCAGGAAAAUUCUGUUGUGAAUGAGCAGCCAAGAAAAAGGCAAAAAACCCUGUUGGAAUGCAUAGAACAAGAUUCAGGUAAGUGUUUUGUCUUUCAAACAUCUCCCAUGUUCAGUUAAGUAAUCUUAAUAUAACGAUUGUGUUAUAUUCCAUAUGGGAGCUUGCUUAAAAUUUCACAGUUUUCCAGAAAAUUCACAAAAAUAAAAUCAAAAAUACUCAUUUCAAAGGGGACCUGUCACCCAAACAAUUAUUCCAAAUCCUAUUUUAUAAUAUUAGUCAAGCAAAAUGAACUCUAAUUGCACUGUAAAAAAAUAUUUGAAUCUUGUUUCCUUAUGUCUGGGAAUUCAUAAUUAUAGCAAACAGACAGGAACCAUUUUUUGGACACUGUUAUUAAGGCAAUCCUUGCAUCAUCUCAGAAUCUUGUUUGUGCACCAGAAUGGGGGACCUGAUGUCCAUCCUCAUGAGCUGGCUACACAAUUAAAUGGUUAAGAGAACAGGGAGAAAGUGGGCAGAGCAGUGACAUCUCUGUCUGAAUGGAAAGUGAAAGUAAUUGCCUGCCUAAGGCAUAGAGAAGGGGCAUGCAGUAUUUGAAUGAGAACUGAGAUUUUUUUAAUGAGUUUACAACCGCUAUGAAUGCUUAUAUAAAAAAAAUAAUUUGAAUUUCUUUUUAAAUUUUAAAAGGACUUUUAUUAUAUAGAUGUUUUAUGUCUGUGUGACAGGUCCCCUUUAAAGGAGACAAAUUGGUGUUGCAGAAUGAAAAAGUAUCUUUAUUCUGGUCAUAAGGCAAUAUUUUUGGAUUCUGUUUACCCUUUGUCAGCCCACGAUAAAGGUACUUUUUCUUCUUGCAACAUGGAGUGCUUGUAGUUGAAUAAGUUCUUGUCAUCGUCUUUGGCUGCAUUGCACCGAUUCACAAUGGAAUAAAAAGAGAACAAAAUCCUUUUGUAUAACUACAGAAUCCUCCCUCCAUAACUGUCAUCCACCCACCCCAAAACUGUCCACUCCCCCAAGAUUUGGCCGGCACUGAAUUUUACUAUUUGAAAGGACUAGCAAUGUUAAAAUCACUGGAGUCUGGCCCCUGUUGUGCAAAUUAGUUAACUUUUAACCUGAGCUGGUGGCUCUAUAUAAAAUGUCUGGUCUGAAGUAUUCCUUUCGCAGACUUGGGGAUGGUGCCUGUGCAGUCGGACUUCCAUUCCUGUGUAGUGAUUUAGUGAUCCUAUACCUUUAUAACCCGGCUCAGAGAAAUGUCUAGUAGACUUUCAGUGCAUUGCCUUUGUGCGAGGAAUGGUGCUGAAGUUUCUGCAUGUGGCAUUAUUGUACCUGUUUUCUGUGGCAUGUUUAUGAGGGAUUCAUUCUACCUGAAAUGGUCUUUUCCUCUUUCUCCAGAGGCGAACGAAGAGGUACAAUGCAAACAGCAAGACAGCGAAUCUGAAAACAAAGGACUUGAUUAUGAGGAAUGGCGAAGAAAAAUAUUAGAGAAUGCAGCCAAAGCAGUCAAAGCUGAUUAAAUAAAAGCUGUGUGGAGACAGUAUUCUGUGGAAUCACUCUUGCUCCAGUGUAUAGCAAUAAAAACUUCUGCCUUUUUAACAGAUGAUAAUAGAGCUCAUAGCCCUACAUGGUCUUUUAUCUUGUAAAGUUUUGGUUUUUUUUGUAUUUAAAAUGAAUAAAUUUGUCUCUUUAAAAUUUAA